AUGGAUUAUCUAGGUCAUCUGAUGUUACUGUUAUUCUCGUUCCAUUUAACAGCAACGACAAAGGGCUCGUCUGGUCCUAUUGAUGACGUUAACGCUGGAGAUGGCGAGCUUGAGCGCCACAUCAAAAUCAUGAACGGACAGGCAAGGCAAAUUCGAGACUACCCCUAUAUGGUCUCGAUCCAGCGCCCGAAUCCUCGUGCUCCGAAUGUUUCGUCACAAGCUCAUCACUGUGGAGGGUCCCUGAUCGGCCUGGAAUGGGUGCUUUCGGCGGCGCAUUGCUUUUUCCAUCCAAACGGGAAGCGG